GAAGUUUGAAUAAGUUUAAUCUAUGCUUAUUAGUUAAGAUCAAUUUCACUAUGACAUUUUUUUAAUUAAUUGAUGAUUAUUUUUUAAAAGAUUAACAAAAUAAAACUGUGAUAAGUAUAUUUUAAAAUUUUUUCUAUUUGUUUAUGGAAUGGAUAAAUUAGAUCAUUGAGCAAAUAUUAAAGUUUUGCUAUUACAAUGGUAGAAGAAACUGUUAAUUCUACAAAUAAGCCAAAAAUUAAAACAGCCCGACCUAGACCAGUGUAUUUAUGGAAUGUUUUAGAUGUCCAGAAAUGGUUACGGAGACAUUGCAGUGACUAUUAUCAAUUAUAUCAUGAAAAAUUUCUUUAUCAUGAUAUUACUGGAAGAGUACUUUUAAGAAUAAAUGAAAAUAUUUUAUUAAGGCUUGGAAUUGAUAAUGAGCAACAUAGAAUGGAUAUAUGGAGAGAGAUUAUGAAGCUGCAUCUUAAGACUGACAUGUUAGAAAUUAGAGACAUAGAGCGUCGCAACAAUGUGAAUUUUGAUUAAAAUAGAUGAUAUAUACAAAUAUAAAAUAAUAUGGUUUUUCUACGCACGAGUUUGUAGAAGGGAUUUUUUAAAGUCUGGUUGAUUUUAUUACUUUUAUUUUUCUGUACAUUUAUUGACUAGAAAUAGUUCAGAAAUACUUUAGUAGCGUACCACUUAUUUAAUUUAUUUUUAUGUUUACAUUCUAUCCGCUCAUUAUUAGUACGAGCAUAUGUAUAAUUUGAUUCUCAUUGAUGACCAUGAUAUCAUAUAUAAAUUUAUUUGCAUUUUAAAUCAUUUAUUAAAAUCAAUAUUACCCUAUUUUUCAUUAUUUUACAUUAAGAUCAUGUGCUUUGAAAAAUUAUAAUUUAAAAUUUAUUUAUGAAUGUAAUUUAUGAAUAUAAUUUAUACGGUGUUCCAAUACUUUAUGUCAUUUCACGUUAUUAUAUUUAUAGAAAAUAUUUGGCUCAGUUUUAAUUUGAGAAAGUUAUUUAAUAUGUAAAAUACUUGCAAAUUUAUCUUAUAUAAAUGACUUAAUUUAAAAUUUCAAAUAAAAUUUGUAAAAUUUUCUUAAAUAGUAAAAGUAGUUUAAUUUCCGCUUGGAAUAAUCAAAAGGAAUGCUUCGUUAUAUUAUUUUUAACGAGCUAUGACAAAGAAAAAAAUAAUGCGAACUUUGAAUAUAGUUCUUUGACGAAAUUCAUCGUAAAUUCGUUCCGUUCAGUUUUAUAAUAAUAUGCUAAACAGAAUCGAUCCAAAGAAUCGAUCGUGGACGCUAAGAUCUCUUUAUGAUUAUUUUAUAUUAAAGACACAAUUCUUCUGUACCGAUACUUUUCGUAUGUUUGUGUCUGCCAGAGGAGAAGACGUAAAGUUCCAUUGCUUUGCUCGGUGAUCUUUUAUCAGGACAGCAUUGAUUUUUUUGUUCGUUGCGAGACCAACGUGUUGAUAUAUUUGUUUGUCGAGUAAUAGAUUCGUUGUUGCUGUUAAUGGUUAUUUUGGAUGAUUCUCGCAUUGGUACACCUCUAUAGAAAGACGGAUAACCACUGGAACCUGCUCGUCGCCAAUCAUAUCUGGACAAUAGUUCAACGAUUACUAAAUAAUAUUUCCUCUAAAAAUCCUGAACAAUGAUUUUACAAUUGAAUUUUUCAAUUUAAUAUUUAUUUAUUAUUUUUUUUUCAUUUUUAAUAAUAGUAACGAGAUUUUAUAAUAUGAGAAAAGCACCUGAGAAUGUACCUAAUGGAUGCUCGUGUACUUUGCGUCUUAUCGAGAUCCAUACUGUCGGUCGGUGGACUCAUGGGUAAUUUUCGAGAUCGAAAUGGGCAUCUCUGUUGAAAUUCCCGCUUAAAUUUUUCCUAUAAUCAUUUUUUAAAUAAUGACAACGGUCAUUUCCAUAAUUCAUUAUCCAUAAUGUGAAUUAAGAUUAAUGACUUACAUUGUAUAUACCAUAAACGAAUGGAUUGCAGCAACUAUUCGACAUGGCUAGCCAAUCGCAACAGAACCAUAUAAUGUUUAUGUAUUGAUAUCUGCAAUAAACUAUA